UGAUGCCUCCGUUUAACAACCAGCCACAAAUGGGAGGAAACCCUGGAUCGGAUAUGCCACCUCGAGACGGUAUGAUGCCACCCCCUGGCGGCAUGAUGCCUCCGUUUAACAACCAGCCACCAAUGGGAGGAAACCCUGGAUCGGAUAUGCCACCUCGAGACGGUAGGAUGCCACCGCCUGGCGGCAUGAUGCCUCCAUUUAACAACCAGCCACCUAAUGGCGGCAUGAUGCCUCCGUUUAAUAACCAGCCACCAAUGGGAGGAAACCCUGGAUCGGAUAUGCAACCUUCAGAAGGUAGGAUGCCUCCACCAAAUAUGCAACCACCUCCUGGCGGCAUGAUGCCUCCAUCAUUCAUAAGGAACAUGAUGAAUUUGCUAAAGAAGAAGAGCGCAUUUUUAAACAAGAUUUAUGAGAGGCUAACGAACACAGACAAGAAGAAAAUAGCCAGCGACUUGGCGGACAUAUUCCAAACUAUUCGGAUAGAAAAAGAGGGACAGCAGUAAACCGAUGUGAAAACAGAACUGGGCACCAGGCAAGGACACACACAUACUUAAAAUAUCGUUACUUACGAUGUAGGCUGGUAAUACUGAAAUUAAACGUUAUCGCAUUCUU